AAUACAUUUUAUUUGACGGUAACUGCUAAGCGACGGAUUCACAUGGAUUAAAUUGUAAUAGUCGUGCUAAAAAAAGUCAAAUUAAAAGUUGAAAGGUGAGUAAGCGGCGGAUUCACCAUAACCGAAUCCAGUGGAGCUGUAUGUUCAAAUCAUUCCUUCCCCACAAUCUCUCUCUCUCUUCUUAAACCCUAAAUUCUCCCAAACCUUGGUGGAGCUGGUGGCGGAGAAGGCGGAGGUGUUCCAUAGCCUUAGUCAGCGGAGGUCUUAUAUUGCCGGAGUACCAGAAGCCUUGAAAGAUUAUCGGCCGGAAUGGAGGGCCAGGAGGUAUUGGAGAAUGGUGUGGUUGGAAAUGGGGUGGCGGCGAAGUCUUCUUUUUCUAGCGGCGAGCUGGGGGGAAUUUUCGACGGAGUAAAGGAAGGCAUGAAUUUGGGUGAUGAUAUUUUGCAGGACUUUGAUUUGUACUGGGAUGACAUUAGUGGCCGGCUGAUGGUGUCGCGGAUGGUGAGUGAUUCUGUCAUUAAGGGGAUGGUGGGUGCUGUAGAGCAGGAAGCGGCUGAGAAAGUCAGGGCCAAGGAAAUGGAGAUGGCCAAGUUGAAAGAAGACAUUCAGUUUUGUGUCACGGAAGUUAAUGGAGUUGGGUGUCUAGGAUCAUAUGCGUUGUCUGAUAAGCAAGAAAGUGUGCGGCAUUUUACAUUUUCCGGAGGGUUCAUGGAGAACGGCGAGAUGAUGGACACUUUGAUUAGACUUAGAGGCUCAGUAAAAGAGCAGUUUGAGAAACUUAAGAAGGACAUUUAUGAUGUCAAAGAGCAUCAUUCACUUAGGAGGAUAGGCUCUAGCUCUGAGUUGGUGGGACUGAGCGGUAUUCUCCAGGAAAACAAAUCUGAAAGCUGGGGUCAGGUAGACAAAACAAUGAACCGCCUGAAAAUGACAGUUGAUAGCGUAUUUGUGUGGGUGGAUGAUACACUUCGCUUGUCAAAGUCGUCAGUUGUUGAGUUGCAGAAGGAGAAAGACCUUCAAGGAGAGCUUGAGAACAUGGUGAUGCAGAAUCUUUUGAGGAGUUUUCUGGAAGACUUUGAGAGCAAAUUAUGGGAUCAAAACACUCCGUUGUGCAACAAGCAGAUUGAUAAGCUCAGUGAAAUUGCUAUGAUACGGGCUGACUUGGAUGGUAUUUUUAGAUCAUUGCCAAGCGCCGAACUUGGGAAUCUGACAUCUCAUGGAUCACAUGAUAUGGAUACAUUUCAAAAUAAGGUUUCGAGAGACCAUGUUACACCUCCAAAGUCUCAGGAGGAAAAUGGUAAAAUAGAAGAUUCGAGUACUGAUGUACCCAAGAACUUUGAAACUGCGCAGUUGAAGCAUUUAUCCAAGGAGGAUUUAGUAAGCUACUUUAACAACAUGAUAAUAAAAAUGAAGAGAGACCAUGAGUCCAUUUUGCAAGCAAAAACAGAAGAACUAUUUACUUUAAAAGCAGAAUUCCUUAGGCUUAGGGAGAGAGGUUCAUAUGUGCCGCACAAGAAGGACAAGGAGCUUGAUGUAUUGAGGAAAAAGAUCCCUGAAGUUCUUUCAAAACUGGAUGAUAUCCUUUUUGUGAAUGAGAAAUGUCCUUCAAUCCCCUGUAAGGAUGAAAAUAUCUGCAACUUGAAGAAUAGGCUUGAAAGCCUUCUUUCUGAAAAUUGUCGUCUAAGGGACUCACUAGCACAUAAAAAAAAUGAAGUGAAUGUUCUUUCCUCCCAAAUUUCAGAUGCUACUGAGAAGAUGCAUAAGCACUCUAUGGCUGAAAUGAAAAUGCAAAAGCUUAUAGAUAAUCUCAACUUGGCUGUUCAAGAUGUAGAUAUAGAAGCUUCAAUCAGGGAGGAAGUAUAUAAAUGUUUCAUUAGGGAACUCAGAGAAGAGUUAUACAUGCAGCUUCAUAUGGCACGAGAAUUUCAUGAAGCUAUUUUUAAGGAAGCUGCUGUGAAUUCUGAAGGUACUAGCAUAACCGAAAUAGGAGAUUCCGACUGUGAGUCUUUGAUCAUGCAAGAAAUGUUUGCUGUGAUUUAUGGUGAAGCAGUCAUGGAUUUUGAAAGAAGUUUCAAAGAGUUAUGUGGAGAUUUUGUGAGGGAACGUGACACUCGAAUUUGUCUAGAGUUGCAAGCUUCUCAAAGGGAAAAUGAUUUUGCACUGGAGGCUGAUGAGAAAUUUAAGUUGAAGGAAGAGCUUGUUGCACUGAAGAAGUUAUUGGAAGAAAAAGACAGAGUAGCAACUGUUGUUUCAACUGCACUGGAAAAGGAGAGGAAUCAAUUUGACCUGGUAUCUCAAGAGUUGAAUAGCCUAAGAGAACAGCUCACCAACCAGAACAAUUUAGCUUCUGAAAACUCCAAGGAAUUAAAUCUUGUAAAGGGUCAAUUAGUAGAAGCAUCAAAUCAAAUUGAAGUAUUUAAGGAAAAAGCAAAUCUGUUGAACCAAAAGCUUGAACAAAAGGUGGAGGAGUUGAAAGAAGCUGAUGAUCAAAGAAGAAUGGCACUUGCUCUUUCAGAAGAGAGGCAAAGCAAUUUGUUAUCACUCGAAGCCAGGGAAAAAGAUUUAAGAACACAAAUGGAUGCCAUAAAAGGGACUAUACAUGAGCUGUCAACAAUGCUUGCUGAAUUUGAGCUUAAGGUGGCAAAGAGAAGCAAUACAAAUGGAUUAAGAUUGGAACAUUCACAAACUCAAUUGAAAUCACUCCUCAAGAAGGCAAAUCUACUUAGAAAAAGAGCUUUGGUCUGUCAACAAACACUUGAAAAGAGAUCUUCAGACCUUCAAUUGGCCGAGGCAGAGGUUGAUCUUCUUGGGGAUCAAGUGGAUGUACUAUUGGGCCUACUUGAAAAGAUCUACAUAGCACUUGACCAUUACUCACCUAUCCUGCAGCACUACCCUGGGGUCAUUGAAAUUCUCAAGCUGAUCAGAAGGGAAUUGAGUGGAGAAUAUACCAAAGCCGUGUGAUUGUUUCACUGAGGUGAAUUUUCUUCUACUACCCUGAGGGGGGAUUAUCUCAAGGGUUAUAAAGAGAAUGCUUAUUUGAAAUACAUGAAGUUUCUCUUGUUCAAUAUUCAAGCAAAUGGCAAGAAGUUGUCACUCAAUGCCCCUUGUUUAUGACUAAUCAACUACUUGGCCAGACCUUUCAAGUUGAAAUGGUAGCACAAUGGCACAAUUUGUUCUUUCGGUACAUAUCGAAAGUGGAUGGCUGGUGAGCUCCUAACUCUGGGUUUACAUUUAGGGUCCGUUUGGUAUUUCACAAUGCAAGAACAAAUUUAGUUUAGUCAGAGGACUUGACUAAAUUUGUUGCUCCCAAUUCCAAUUCUAUAGUUUGAAUUUCGUGUACCAAACGGAAUCUUAGUCAUUUUGGAACCUGUUGCUGUUGAGGAUGAAAUGUUGAUGGCGGCGUGGCGGGAGCUGUAACAGAGCAGUAAUAGGGGACUUAGACUUGUUAGUUUCUCUUUGUAUAUAUAAAUAUUUAAAUGUGCUUUGAUAUAUUCUUAAUUUAUUACUAGUAUAAUUAACUGGAGGUAAAAUAAAAUUUGGUUUGUGUU